AGACGAUUCUGCAGAUUGUGGCAGUCUAUUGGUGGCAAUCAUGUACUGCUGAGUAGAGGUUUUCGGUUGUCCAGUCGGCUUACGGUGCUGCUCGAUGGUUUGCCCGCUUUGCACAACUGUCUGCUUCGUUAAAUUUCGCAAGGCAAAGUAUAAUAGAUUAAUGGUUGUUGACAGAAGAGUUGUUAAGAACAAAACAGUCCGUCCAGCAUCUUCCGACUAGACCCUUGUCUGCAAAGGCUGAGAGUCUAAAUAGUUUUUUAGUUACAAUUUUUGCAGUCGAUCGUUUAACGGCAAUGCGAAUUGGGUUCAAUAUUUCUAGAUUUAAUUAGAGCAACAUGUGAGUCAUUGUAGUACUUGUGUGCAUAAAUAAAAUACGAAACGGCUAGACGAGCUAUAUAAAAGAAGGGGCCUUAGGAUUAUUUCUUCGCGCUUUUUACAGGCGAAGGAAGAAAAUCAACUGAACUCGUUCUUCUUUGAGGAUAAAUAUACGUGAAUAGCUUCGGUUACGAAAGACGUGCUCUUUAUGAUACGUUCAAAAUUCAAGUCCGAGCGAAAGUUUGUUUCCUUCUACUGCAGUCUGCGGUAAUUGAGGCGACUAGUCACUAUCGAACGGUGAUGCGAACUGCGUCGUCCGCAGAAGCAAAUAGUUGCUGUCCGUUAGCGUUUGAACCCAUUGAGCCGCCACAUUUUCCCGUGCUCACACCUCUUCCUUCCGUCAUCUGCGCUCAAUCUCUCGUUACAGACCAGAAUCAACGGCAGUCAUUACGUAUCGCCAAUCAGCCGGUAAAUUCAUUCGUAGACGACGUACGAGAUGCGGCAAACGGUCAGGGCAAUACAUCAGAAACACAGCAACGAGUUAUGCUUCAGGUAGCCAGCACGAGCGCUGGUGUCGAAAAUGGGACAACGACACGAUUUGUCAACGCGUUAACGCAAAUUAAUAAAAGUGUGGAUGAUCGUUUAGAAUCAAGUGGAGAGCCUCGAUUAUCAAUCGCUGAACGGUUCCCCAUUGCAAGUUCCCUUUGUGCCGGAGCAUUUGCUGGUGCCAUCGCAAAGACUGUCAUAGCUCCACUUGAUCGAACCAAAAUUAACUUCCAAAUCCGUCAUAUUCCCUAUUCACUGCCAAAAGCUUUCCAUUUCCUCGGCGAGAGCUAUCGUAAGGAUGGGCUGUCGUCAUGGUGGAGAGGUAAUACAGCCACAAUGGCUCGGGUCAUCCCUUACGCCGCGUUACAGUACACAGCUCAUGAGCAGUGGAAGAAAACGUUGCGAGUGGAGACUCGAGAGGAGCGAAGAAAACGACCCUUUAUGGGCUUUGUCGCAGGGAGUUUAGCGGGGGUCACUGCGUCAUCGCUAACUUAUCCGCUUGAUUUGGCUCGAGCUCGAAUGGCUGUCUCUCGAUGCGAAAUGUACAAAAACCUUGGAGAAGUUUUCCUAAAAAUUUGGCACCAUGAGGGGCCGCAAGCGCUCUACAGGGGUUUUGUACCCUCCUUACUUGGCGUGGUACCUUACGCAGGAGCCAGUUUCUUUACUUAUGAAUGGUUAAAACAUCACCGGUUGGACUUAAAAAAGCAAUGUGAGUCAAGAGGCAGGCUAGUAGAAAGCAGGAAUGCGAACUCACGUGCUACAGAAACAACGGAAAAGGUUAGCGUCCCUGGCGAGCUGCAUCCAAUGGAACGGCUAGCUUGCGGGGCCAUUGCUGGUUUGAUUGGACAGAGCUGUUCCUAUCCUUUGGACAUUGUACGUAGGCGAAUGCAAACGUCGAGAUUGACUGGGAAAAAUUAUAGAACAAUACGUGGAACUAUUCUACAUAUUUGGAAGCACGAAGGCCUGCGUCGAGGACUUUUUAAAGGGCUGAGUAUGAAUUGGAUUAAAGGACCAAUCGCAGUCGGCACCUCAUUUAUGGUCUAUGAUGUUACUAGAAAUUUCCUUGGUUCACAUUACCUUUGAUUAACGUCAUUUGUUUACGUCAAUGGGAUCACAUAAAUCGACCAGACUAUAAAGUAGGUCUUAUAAUUAAAGAAGCAGAUAUAAUUAAUCCGCUUCUACAGCAUCAUGACCAGCUUUGUUAAAUGAGUUUUUAAUAGUAGCAGAUAUUUCAGUCACUCUUCGUUAAGUUUUUGGCAGCAAUUAACGGCCAGUUCAGAUAUGGCGGCCGUGCCUUUAACGUUAUAUAGCUCUGGAGCUUUGUAAUCUUCUAGUAAAUUCCGUUGCUGAUUUCCAAGCAGCAUCUGUUUUGCAGCACAUGCCCAUAUAGUGUGUUUAGUUGCCUUACUAUAAUUAGUAGUAAGUUUUCUUGAAGCCACAGCUUUUUUUUUUGUAAAACGCGCAUGAAAGGAAAUUUAUAUCUCUUCAUGUAAAAGACGUAUUACAGAAACUCGUCGCAUAUUGAUUGUGACGCAAUGUAUUGACGGUAUAGCUCAUUUCAACCACCAAAGCAAAGCUGUAGUAGUACGUUGCGGUUAUCAAACCACUAAUGAGAGUGAGAUAGCUAGGCAGCAUAAACAGCUCAACCAACUGUGCCCGUCUUCUAACCAGAAUUACUAUGAUAUCGUCGUUUAGAUAGACCGAUACAGAUAUUACGGAAACUUAUAAUAGAGAUCGAAAUCAUUAAAGACUGUUACAAGAUGUAAAUGUACACGGCCUACGGAUUCGCUCGACUUCUCGUCUUCGGGAAUGACCUCAUUGACCUCCCAACGCUGCCACGUAUCUCUGUUAAAGUCUAACGACCGUUCACCGUGAGACCAAAUUCGCUCCGCUGUUUUUCAAAGAGAAAGUCAAUGAUUUUAGUGCGUGGCGAAUGUAGCCAUUACAAAGUUUAUGAAGACAAAAGCAACUUACCUUCUGGUCACCGAGACCCGGUAAUCUGUUAAUCGGUAUUUCAAAUUUACCGGGCAAACUAAAACACCCAAAAGAGACUACAUAUGACCUUUCGACAUAUAGCGAAUAGGCGCUCUUUACUAAUUCGAUAGUUUGUCGUUGUUAGUUGUUAGGCAUUCUAAUAGCUAACGUGUCGACCUUUUGACAAGUGGUAACUGGUUGUUGUUACAUAACGGAUCGAAGAGAGUGUUUCGCCUUCUCGAGAACUGCUAUUUUUGGCGUUUGUGCAUAUAGCAGACGAAUCCAAGGACAGUUUAAAAAUGGUCGCAGUUUAUCCGAUCAAACACCUGUAUACGUUUGCUGUUAUUGACAAUACACACGUACAAACACUGACGCACAUGUGAUUACUUCGCCGAAUCCAAAUAGAAGACAAAAAAGGAGUAGAAGCAUGAUCAUUCGAGUAUUAUAUAUUAAUUAAUGAUAGGCAAUCGUAUACAAAUGUUGGAUCCACUGAUAUAUUUUUUUUUCAAUAAUUUCUGCUCACCAGCGUCGUUGAAGCGCAGCGUAAAAUGGGGCCUAUGUCUGGAAUUGUGGGUAUAUGCUUAUUAGUUCCUUGCUGCACGAAAAAAUAAUCUCCGACGGUGGGGAUUUGCGGGAAGACGCUAUGUUGAAAUGUGCACUAAGUGGAUCCUGUCGGUCCUUAGAGUUAGCGUUUUCACAGCACGGUUUUGUUGGCCUUAAUGACCCAGCUAUUGACGGCAACGCUUGAUGGUUCAAUAACAAAAUCGGCGUAUUUUUUGCAACUGUGCGAUAGUUUCAACUGCGGAUGCAAGUCAGUCAGCUGUGAUUAGCAGCGAGUGCAAUCAGAGUAAAUGGUGUUAUGCAUAUUUAAAUCUACCGUCCAUACUGUUUGUUUAUUAAUAGCGUAUGAAUUUAUCGAUCUGAACGGGCUUGCUAUAAUCAGGUGCAAUAUUUUUCCAAUAUAUAGUUUUUUGCCCAUAUUUUACAGAUUAAAUCCAUAAAAUACAGAUUAAAUCGGACCAGAUCAGUUUAAUCAGAUUAAUAUACAAACCUAUAUCUAAAUAUUAUUAAUUUAGAAGAUACUUUUAUUAGUAUGGCUGGAACUAGAUUUGAGAUUGCGCUGUAGUGUUUGAUUCUAAGCAUUAGAAUUUGUGUAUAUCACAUAUAUAAAAAAUUACCUGUAGAAUAGUGGUUAUUGAGGCAAGACUUUGUAAAACAGUAAUUCUUCAUUGGACUCGUUGGAAACGGAAUGUUCCACCGUGUGGAUUUGUAUCGUUAUGCUAUAGUGCUUCAAAAAUAACGUUCGUAUAUAGUAUUUAGUUUUUAUUAAAAAACGUGACGAAGAGUAAAUCAAAUAAAAACGACGGAAUAAAUUAUCGUUGUUUUUAUUUUACUCAUAGAACUACUGUUAACAUUACAAUCUGUCGUUGUGUAUUAUCAGCCCGUUAUAGGGUAGUAAGAUAAUUAUGCCAAAACUCGGUAACGCGUAAAAAAGCUGUAGAGGACAUUCGUAUCUUGCUAACUUUCCCUGCAGCAAACCCUGAAAGACUACUACAAAUAAUGUACAUCGCUUAGCUUGCUCCAGAUCCAUUGCAUUCGUAGAUUUCAAGCCUAUGCCCUGCUGGUUUCAGCCCUGUUUCACAACAAAGCAGUAUGCAUAUUAUUUUGUCAAAUAUUAUCUCAUUUGUCUUAUUACAUAGAUUUAUUCACUUCAGAUUUUUUAUCUAGAGCUAUUUAUUGUUAUCUAGAAUUAUACAGUUUUGUCGCUGAUCCUCUCCUACACUCAGUGUCUUUACUCAAGAGUAAUUAUGAGUAAAUACAUUUCGAAAUAAUGCUACUCACGUAAUAAAAGUACAAUAGCAGACAGCAUAAAAAGGUUGAUAUUUACGAAUUUACUGCAUUAAACUUAUGUAGGGAAACGUAUAGCUACCUCGUGGUUGUUUGCGACAGCUAGUGAUAGCGAGAAGAUUACGGGCCAGUUCAUUUAAAUAACACGUUUAAAGAGCACUUGUUUGUAGACGAGCUUUUUCAGUGCUUGCUUUGCAAGUGACUGAACAUGACCGGUAGUUGUCUACCCUAGGAUCUCUACCUGUUAUGUAACUACUCGCUAUUUCACUUGUGGAAAUUGCUUCUGGGCACAGCGCUGCCGACUGAACGGAAUGACGCUAAUGAUCUACUGUCGAAAAAUGAACUUGGUAUAGGAUAAAACCAUAGUGAACACUGUGGCUUAAUCAUAUAUCGUCAAAUGCUUCUUGACAAAGCGACUCGGGAAAGUUUUUUUGUGCACUUCAUCUUCCAGUGACCGAGACACAAUCCAAGUAAAGGUACACUGGGAUCGAUACGCAGGCCGGAUCUAACUCACACAGCUAACGACCAACAUUAAUCCUUCCCUAAAGGACAGAAGGGUAUAUGCUUAUCUAAAGCAUUUUCUUUUUUUUCAAAUUUAAAGCCUUUCAUUUGGAACGGCUAAUACUGCCAACUUCAGUGCAAUGCAGAAUGGUGGAAAACGUCACGGCGCAAUCAUCUACAAGAACGGCUAUGAGCCAGACCUCACUUAGAGAAACAAUUCGCACACCGUUUUCGACCAUCUAGCGUUUUCAAUUUCGGGAGUGCUAGAAGCAAAUGAGCGGUACUUGCCAGUCCUUUGACACCGUUCGUUCUGCGUUCAAGACCUAGCUACAAGAGAUUGUUGGAUGUUUUACCAAGUUAUUUCUGCAUAUCAUACUAUUAAAGAGAGAUGUGCGGUUGGAUGCAAGGCACUAUCAUAAGAUCUCUUACCUACAUCCUGUCUGUAUACAAGUGAAUCCAGUUACCUAGAUCAUGAUAUAAGAGCUAUAAUAUAUGCUGAUAAUACAAAGAUGUAUGUGUUUAGGACGGAAGACUGUCGAAAAGUACAAACUGCACUAAAUCGAUAGAUGGACAGUCGAAUUAGAUUGAAGAUCUUCCUAAGUGUGCAGUGGUGCACCUCGGAGUUUCGAUAAAUAGAUAUAUUUAAUUGACAAUAAAGGACCG